AUGCGUGUAGACGUACUCAAUUGCCAAAUGACAAUUGAUUUUCUCAAUGAAUCAUUACAACAAGAAGGAAAUAUAGAUGUAACAAAUAUUGAUUAUAUGGAAAAAAUCAAACAAAUUAAUAUUGAUUGGAUAAGAAUAAAAUCAUUAAUAUCAGCACGUAUUGAUACUUUCGAACAAUUAAAUGAUCAAUUUAAUGAAUUUGAUCAAACAGUUCGUACAUUAUCUGAUUGGGUUCAAGAACAAACAUCUGAUCUUGAAUUUAUGCGUUCAAGAAAUAUGGAAGUUAGUGUUAAAAAUAAUUUACGAAAAUGCGAUGAAAUUAAAUAUCAAUUAACAACUAAACAACAAAUUCGAACAUCAUUUAAAAUCAUAUAG